CAAUCCUCUCUUCCUUUCCCUCUCAUCUCGUUCAGCACACUCUUUUACCUCCACGAUCCUUACUCGCCAUGUACACACACAUCAUGCCUCUUCUUUUCGUCGCGGGCGCGCUCGCUAGUCCCAUUCACCAUGUCACACGUGACCAGGGACCUGGACCUAACGCCGUCGAAUGCAUCUACAACAAGGCCAUCAAGUUCACGACCACCGCCGAGAAUGCCGCCAAGCUUCUGGCGGGGAACCCGAACGAUCUGCCCUCGUCAGCACCUGACUUCCGCAUCUUUCUCGAGAGCUGUUGCGCGCAGGCGUCUGGCGGCCCUGCCCCUGGAGACAGCUCGCCUCUCGCUAUGAAUGCCAACCAGCCGUCAUCUGAGCAGGCGUCUGAGCAGGCUUCUGUCUCUGCUCCGGGACCUGACCCACAGUCGAACCCGUCGAACCCAAGCUCUCAGUCGAUCGUCCCCCACGAGAAUAACCUCAACAUCAACCUCGUCCCCUCGGACCAACCUUCAGCUGAUCCUGCCGAUAUUGCUUCUGCCUCUCGCUUUGGCAAGUUUGUGUCGCCGUCCCGUCUUCACGGCCCUAGCAACAUCAGCCCGUCAAGCCCUAACGCGAAGAUUGGUGCAGAGUCCCAGGAUUCCGGCGCUCAGGCGGAUGGUCAGGGGCAGGAAGGUGGGGCCAACGCUGCCGCAAACGUUGAGGAGAAUCACCCGAAGAAGUUUUCUUCCGUGCCCAACCAUCCAGUUGCAGAUGGCCUUGCGUCCAUUCUCGGCGACGGCACUGCCAAAGCUGAUGUGAGCAACAACGGGCCGGGAGGGCCGGGCGAAGAGGCGACGGUCGACGGCGUCAAGAAGGGUGGCGAUGGCCAGGCCUCGGCGGACGUGGCUGACAACGGCAAACCUGACUUCCCCGUUGAUCCCAGUGCGCCUUCGGGCAAGAAGGCUCAUGCACUGCUCACUCGGCCAUCGAAUGGGCAAGUCGGUGCUGCUGCCAAUGAGGACGGCGGGUCGCAGACCGGGCAGGCUGACGCUCAACUUCCCAGCGGCAACAACAACGACGGCAACACUCUGCCCCUGGACCUGCAGGUCGAUGUCGGCACGGGCGACAGCAAUCGCACUGGCGGCCGCCCCUCGGCCAAGUUGCCGUUGCAGCAGCUUGACGCCGCUGCUAACAAGAUCGCUGCAGCUGAUCCGAUGUCCAAGUUGGACCCGGAAUGUGGGUGUCAGAAGUAGAGCGUAUUUUGUGAAUGUGUAGAUCUGUAAAAUAUCUUGUUCCAAACAAAUCUGGGAGCACAGUCGACUGUCAGAGGCCUUUGCAGGUGAAACCGAACAGCAGCAUUACCCCAGAUGCUGUGAAACCCAGCCGUGCAGAACUGUAACACGACCGCGACGCCACCAGAUCAGACUAGUGUCGAUAAGUAAGUAAAUGUGACAAAGUCCAGUCUGACCAGUCAAGGCCAGCGACCAAUUUCA